UAACUGAAGUGGUGGAUGGCGGUGCAGAGAAAGACCGUACAAGAUGCCUCACUCUUGACUUACAACCCCAGCAAGAUGGAGAGGUGUCGGGUGGUUCUUCUCAUCUGCUUUUUGUUGGAAACGAGCCCGGCGUCGGCGAUCUGGCUCUUUGAGGAUGACACUGGAUUGCGUGACCAGAUUAAUUUCAUCGAAAAGCCUUUCGAGUGCCCCAGAGAUCGCGGCUUGGUUCUCCCAAGUACAAUGAUUUGUGACGGCCAACCCCAAUGCUCUGACCCUUUUCGUGAAGAUGAACGCAACCAUGCUUGUGCUCCAAGAGAUUACUUGCUGCAGAACCUUACCCUGAAGGCCAGAAAUACCACGAAAAACUCCACUUUUCUGAAGUGGUCAUCUGGUGAGGCUCCCGAAACUGCGCGCCACUCAUCACUGAAGCUUGGAGGUUACCUUUUGACCGUAAAAUCCUUCGAUCAUCUCAUUGAAAGAAAACUAAGGCCAGAGCUCAUAAACUUUACACAGACUGACCUGAAACCGUGGACCGAGUAUAACAUCACUUUGAGAAGAUUCUACAUCGCCGUAGAUGAAGAGGAAAUUCUACCAAUGAAAGUUGGAAGGGCGGCAACCGUCACCAUAAGAACAAACCCGUCCGAACCUGCCGCACCAAAAGACGUUCGCCUCGUCCUGUCGGAGAAAAAAAAUUUACUUCUAGAGAUCAAGAGCCCUGAGUUCUGGAAUGGACCCCCUUCCAAAUAUCGCAUUCGUUGGGAACCGAAGGAUCGGCGAAGGGGUUCGUCAGGUUAUAGAGACAUCGAUAUUGCUUCAACGUGGACGCCUAAACAGAAAUGGACAACUACCAAUGUAACUCUUGAACCAGGACUACAAUACAAAGUGUUUGUGUCAGCCCAAAAUUCAAUAAGCACCGGCGUCAGUUUCUGGGGUCCCGAGUAUGCAAACGAAGUGACGACGAUUCCUUUAGAUCCAGUUGACCUUGUGGCAGAAUCUUUAACUCCUACGGAAGUUCUAAUCAGCUGGCGAAGCGCCGGCCAUUCUGAAUAUUUCCAGGUAACAGUGAAAGAUGUAAAUUCCGCAGAGGAUUCCUUUGACCAUAUUUUGUCAGAUUCGAAUGGGGAAGAGCACUUCCAUGCUCGUGUAAUAGUUGACUUAGAACCGUUGGCUUCGUCAGAACAAAGUCUCAUGGUCGAUGACCUUCUACCAUCAAGAAACUACACAGUAGAGGUCUUGGCAUGCACCUCAAACGAAUGCAGCGGAAAGCGUACGGCCAAAGUCAUCACCAAACCGACAGUCACCCCAAAACCCAAUAUUACGAGAGUAACUUCCAACCUUGAUUCCUUCGUGGUGAGCUGGACCUUCCCCCAGGAUGAAUCGGGUUACUACGACGGCUUUCAGGUGCAUUACUGCAGACAACUUUUGCUAUGUCAAGAAACCUAUACGUAUGUCAACCUUUUGAACGUGACCAACCUAACUCCCAACUCUACAUACGACGUGGAAGUUCGAGUUCGAAUUAAACAUGUCGAUGGGCGUGUUGAGCUGGGACCCGUGGCCACAGUUCAAGUGAAAACGUGGAGUAUACUUCCCCAAGAACCAGGAUUGGACAUUCGUGCUCCUGGAGCGUCAGCAAACUCCGUCCUUCUUUCUUGGGUCUUCAUCAACAGCAGCGUCACUCAACUACAGUUCCUUUGUAAACAAUAUCGGGGAGAAACGGCAGCCUCCGAACGUUUACAAAAUCCAAGUCCCGAAGAGAAAGUUUCCUGGACUAAUUGCUCGAGUCACGCUGGCUGCAGCGCAGUCGUCAUUGGUGGAGGGACGCCUUCCUUCAAAACGGGAUUCCUCAGUCUUAAAAAACUUCGGCCUUUCACAAAAUAUAUAAUUUCAGUGAGGGGCUGCAACAAGAGAGGAUGUGGAGGGGAAACCACUCUACCGGCUCAAACGAGUGUGUCAGCUCCGAGUGCACCACGAGAACUGGCAGUCUCGAAACAUGAGAGAAACGGUACCCUAGUCGUUUGGGAAAAACCUUUGGAACCAGCGGGCAACAUUAAUGGCUACACUGUUGCACGACGCUGUCCCAAUGGAGAACGGCUGUCUACUGUUGUUUCUGGAGACGUGCUCCGCACCAGUCUUGGAGGUUUACCACUUGGUGGAGCCAACUGCACAUUCUGGGUGACGGCUUUUAACGAAAACUCAGAAGGCCAUCUUCUACUAGGCAGGGCUGCAGAAAUUACGUUCCCGAAUCCAGUUCAAUAUAAGAAGUAAAUACAGAGACCCUAACAAACCGGGCCACGCUAAUAAUUACCCAUUUUAGGCAUUAUGAUAAUAAAGUAUGACAGCCAUAACUUUUAAACCGCGUUUGUGACGAAUUCAUGCAUACAAAUAAAACAUUCGGAGUGGUUUGUCAAUAAAACAAUUUCAAAAAUCCGGA